GAUAUGAAAACUUGAAACAGGAAGCUUCCCUGCCGCUGCUGCAGAGCUCUGACUUGUACAUAGAGUAAACCCAUGUGCUCUACAAAAGCAAGAACGAGGACUAGCUGAUUAAUCAACAGGCUCUAGGAAGAUCAGGUUGCAAUCCUGCCUUUGUAGCUUUACACCACACCCCCACGUAUUAUCUUCAAUGUGACUUGGUAGGGGAGGACUGCAUUCAGCACGGAUUCAGGAAUCCUCUGUGUGUAUAACAACUGUUUCUAGGAGUUUGGAAAGAUGAAAGGAAGAAAGAGGGGAUCGUUCUUACCUUUAACCUUUUUCAUGCUGUUUGUCUGUAUUGCUGGACAUGCGACUGAUGACUCAGACGAUGGCGAAGAAGGGGAUGCUCUUGGUGCUCCUUUGCCACCUCUGAAACUGGGGCAUUCAAUUUGUGCCCUGAAAGCAGAUGAAGGACCAUGCAAAGCUAUCCACAUGCGCUAUUAUUUUAACAUUCAAAGCCGUGGGUGUGAAAUAUUUGAAUAUGGAGGAUGCCAUGGCAAUGAAAACAACUUUCUAACACUGGAAGAAUGUCAGAACAAGUGUGUGGUAACAGAAUUCUCUCUGAAGAUGAUGCUAGCAAAAAUGAAGCAAGAAAAGCCUGACUUCUGUUUUCAUGAGAAAGACCCUGGAACCUGCAGAGGUUAUUUUUCCAGAUAUUUCUAUAACAAAGAGACAAAACUAUGUGAAAUAUUCAAGUAUGGUGGGUGCCUAGGAAACCAGAACAACUUUAAGAGUUUGGAAGAAUGCCAGACUACCUGCCAAGGCAACUCAAAUUUAUUGCCAGAUGCUCCAACUGAAGAUUAUCCUAACACUAUGAACAGUAGCUCGCCAGAGGAAGAGCACAAGCAGUUUCCCAGGAUAUUUGUAAAUUUAUUGCCAACUGCUCCAAAUGAGAAGUCCAAUAUUAUGAACAGUAGUUACCCAGAGAAAGAGCACAAGCAGUUUCCUAGGUUUUUUGUUAUGCAAGAGGAAACAAGAAACAGUUGGGAAAAGACUGAGCAUUCUUACCAAGUAUUUCUAUUUGUUUUAUUUUUGCAUUUAUACUUAUUUGUACUUUUGGAGAUAAUGUGAUAGUUUACAGAUUCAUCAAUGUUUUUGUGUUUUAUAUGGUCUGUAGGGUAAUGGGCAUGUAGGAUAACAUUCCGGUGCUCUUUGCUUAGAGUUGUGUCUAAUAAAGCUUGAUUGUAUGUUGUAUUCUAUUUAUUUUGCUUGUACAAUGAUCACAUGUACUGUUGGCUUGAGGUAAAUUUCUGAGAUAGCUGGAUUUUUUACCACAUACAAAACAUUAAAAUGACUGAAUAAAAAACAGUAAGCCUCUUGGUAGCUUAUUGUACUGAAAAGUAGUUACAUGACAAAAAGCCUGGUUGUCAAUCUAGGGACAUGAGUGCACAUGUUCCCUGAGGUUUCUACUCGCAAUAUGAUCCCCCAUAUUCCCAAAACAACUAGCCUAUGCAAGCAAAGAGGCAUUAUUCCAUGUGUUUUCUUAGAGGAAACUCAAAAAAAAAAUGAAGUGUUGUAUCAACAAUAGUGAAUUUUGUGGUAGAGCAGAUUUCAGGAAAGAGAUGAGGGUAAGAGGAAGGACAGAAGACUGGAAGGUUGAUGGAAAAAAGGCUGAAGUAACAAGGGAAGGUAGAUUCAGUGUAAAUGGGUGAGUCAGGUAAGAAACAUGACCUUGAAAGGACUGAUGAGUUUCAGUGGAAAGUCUGAAGACCUCACAGUUCUUUCUCUACAAUAUAACCUUUGUCUUACGCUAGCCUGCCUCAUGCAGAUGUCUGCUGCCAUUCUGUUUGUUUAUCUGCCCGUACCUUUCAGGCUGCUGGGAUGGGCUAAAAUCCUGUGUUUUGUGCAAUCCCAUUUCAUGGCAAUGAAAUGGUAGGACUAAAACAGACCACUAAUUUCUCCACAUGGCAUAGCUUCCACUCAUGCUGUUACUAGAGGCAAGAGUAUUAACUGAAGUUGCAAGGUGGAGUUAUUUCACACAAAUGUGCAAAGUGACUCUCAUCACCCUCUGGGACGGAGGAAAAAUCUAGUUACACACAUGCAAUGUCAGAAUGGACUGCUUGGGAUGGAAUGGCUGAUUCUCAUCUUCUGAAGCACAGGUGAAAUAGCUUAUCUGCUAUUGUAACGUGUUUUGUAUAUUGGCCUGGCUAUGUAGCUUCUUUUCUUUCUUUUUUUUUUUUUUUUUU